CUCCACUGUGUCGAGUCUGUAGCCGUUGCUGCUUCUAACCGCCUGGCUUUAUUUUAAAUAUUAUAACCUAACGACAUUUAAUAUAUGUGCGAAAACGACCUGUCUUGCAGUCGAUUAAAGAGAUAACAUGGUCUGAUUUGAACACAACAACUGUGGAAGAUUUCGUCAAUUGAAAGGUUUUUAACCAAGUAGGAGCCGAGAAGUGUUGCCGAGGACAACGGAGCUAUGCUGCGCAUCUGAAGAUCUUGUUCAUAUGGACUCCUAUCCUGUGCUGACCCAAUGGUUUAAUCACCAGGACUAAAAAUGAGCAUAAGCAGUGAUGAGGUCAAUUUCCUGGUUUACAGAUACCUGCAAGAGUCAGGCUUCUCCCACUCAGCAUUCACCUUUGGCAUAGAGAGCCACAUCAGCCAGUCCAACAUCAAUGGAGCCCUGGUUCCCCCUGCUGCCCUCAUCUCCAUCAUCCAGAAGGGCCUGCAGUAUGUGGAGGCUGAAGUCAGCAUCAAUGAGGACGGGACCUUAUUUGACGGACGGCCCAUCGAGUCGCUGUCUUUGAUCGAUGCUGUGAUGCCAGAUGUUGUCCAGACCAGGCAGCAGGCCUACAGGGACAAGCUGGCCCAACAGCAGCAGGCGGCGGCAGGCAGUGGCAGCAGCACAGGGUCCCAGGGAAGCACCAAGAACGGAGAGGGCGCUGCCAACGGGGAGGAAAACGGAUCCCACACCUUAGCCAAUCACCACUCAGAGAUGAUGGAGGUGGACAGGGACGUGGAGAUCCCUCAGAGUAAAGCCAUGGUCCUGAGGGGCCACGAAUCCGAAGUGUUUAUCUGUGCCUGGAACCCAGUGAACGACCUCCUCGCCUCCGGGUCUGGGGACUCAACAGCACGGAUCUGGAACCUGAGUGAGAACAGCACAGGCGGAUCAACCCAGCUGGUUCUGAGGCACUGCAUACGGGAAGGGGGCCAGGACGUGCCCAGCAACAAAGACGUCACCUCACUAGACUGGAAUAGUGAGGGAACCUUGCUAGCAACAGGCUCAUAUGAUGGAUUUGCUAGAAUAUGGACAAAAGACGGUAACCUGGCCAGUACUUUGGGUCAGCAUAAAGGUCCUAUAUUUGCACUGAAGUGGAAUAAGAAAGGAAACUUCAUCCUCAGUGCUGGUGUAGACAAGACCACAAUUAUUUGGGACGCCCACACGGGAGAGGCAAAGCAACAAUUUCCUUUCCACUCGGCACCUGCUCUGGACGUAGACUGGCAGAGCAACAACACGUUUGCCUCCUGCAGCACAGAUAUGUGCAUCCAUGUGUGUAAGCUGGGUCAGGACAGACCUGUCAAGACCUUCCAGGGACACACGAAUGAGGUGAACGCCAUCAAGUGGGAUCCCACCGGCAGCUUGCUGGCCUCCUGCUCAGAUGACAUGACAUUGAAGAUCUGGAGUAUGAAGCAGGACUUGUGUGUCCAUGACCUCCAGGCCCACAGUAAAGAAAUCUACACCAUCAAGUGGAGCCCCACAGGCCCCGGGACCAACAACCCUAACGCCAACCUCAUGCUCGCCAGCGCAUCAUUUGAUUCUACAGUGCGUCUGUGGGACGUGGAGCGUGGCGUGUGUAUCCACACAUUGACCCGCCACCAGGAGCCCGUCUACAGCGUGGCCUUCAGCCCUGAUGGCAGGCACCUCGCCAGCGGCUCCUUCGACAAGUGUGUCCACAUCUGGAACACUCAGACGGGUGCUUUAGUCCACAGCUACCGGGGGACAGGAGGGAUCUUUGAGGUGUGCUGGAAUGCUACAGGAGACAAAGUAGGAGCCAGCGCGUCAGAUGGAUCGGUUUGUGUAUUAGACCUGAGAAAAUGACCCUCAUGUGGGGGAGCCAUGGACCGACUACGAAUGUGUACAUAGCCAAAAUGACUGACUGUCCCUGCCUGUCCUGCUGUAGUCCCAUCAGAUGCCAUGGCCCGCCGUUACAGUCAAAUGGAGCCCCCACCCUCCCCAAAUGUACACGAAAGGACCAUAUCUUCACCACACGCAGUUCUUACGCACAUGUGUCAGACUUACAACAAGUCUGUAUGGACGUGUUGCUCACAGAUCUGCAGGAAGAAACAUUUCUCUGUUUUCAUACAGUAUAAACUUGUUGGACCCAUCACAUGCAAACCAAAACACCAGGAUUCUUCUUGCUUUCCUCUUUUUAUCCUAUGUACCAGAAUUAUGAAGAUUUUUGUUUUCUGUUGGUGUGUGCAUAUUGCAUAUGUCAGCAUUUGGUGUCCUGUGGACAUUGUUUGAAUUUGGAUUUCACUGAUCUCUGUAGGUUUUAUAUUACAUGUUGGGUGGGAGAGAAGAGAGAGGGGGCAGGGGGUGUUUGUCUUUUACAGUGGCUGUUCAUUGGGAGAUCUGUUCAUCCACUUCUUGGCACUCAAGGUUCACAAAUGCAGAUGCAUAGCUUAGAAGAUUAAAUCAUUUAGGUAUUUGUCAGCUCAUUUUAUCCAAUAGGUUUGUUACAUUUUUUUAAAAAACAAAGUAUAAAACAGUUAAUCAAAGGCUGAACUGUCCUUUGGUUUUGCAACUCUUAUCCUCAAAAAUAGUUUUCAGGUGUUCCCAAUUCAUCAGGUUAAUAAUAUAGAGCUCUGAAAAUUCAAAACCUCUAGGUUGAAAGAUAAUCUUUGUAGCUGGUAAACAACAAGCGGAUCUCAUGUUCUAACAGCGCACUGGGCAGAAAGGCAUCGACACUGAUCGGCUUCAGGUUUCCGUCACCGAGCUUGCUCUAUCUGUGUCUCAAGCUUACGAAUAGACGGUUGUGCUUUAGUGUCAGUUGUGAGGUAACGUUGGCACUGGAAUAACUUGUUUUAUAGUGUCAAUGCAGCUUCUGGGAUCUGUAGGGGAAAGAGAGAGAGAUAUAGGAAAACGGGCCCAAAACUGCAAUUACCAGUCAUAUUGUGCUUGGUUCCUCAAUUAAUGGCUUGUUGCUAACCAUUGCUUAAUGAUAAUCAGACUAAGCGUUCACCUGCUUAUUGUGUCCUCCUUCCCCUGCUUGGGGACAUCUGGAGUAUCACUUCCACUGCAGGCGCAGGGUCUUUGAUUGCACCUUUUUAAUCAUGGCUCAAUAUUAGCAUCACGUCAAAGCCGAAAUGGCUAAUUGACGAUAUUGGAGUUCAUAUCACAGUUUGGCAGGUUUGGCAGUCUGUUUAAAAACAUCCAGACUUUCACUAACGUGUGUGGCUUUCAUCUCCAGUGGUGACCGAAGUACACACGACAGUCGCUGCUUUGGAUUGCUGUUGUCAGGCAGUCGUUGCCGAGCAUUAACACACACACACACACACACACACACACUCUGGAGACGGGCUGUGUUCAGGCCUAUGCACGGAUUGACGGCGCUUUUGUUUGUAGUGUUCAGAGUUGCCAUUUUGAGGAAAGUCUGUGCUUCUUGUAAUAAAGCAGUCUUGCAGCAUAUGACUUGAUGUAACUUGGUAUCUGCAUAUAAUAUAUAUAGAUAUAGAUAUAUCUAUAUAGAUAUAUAUAUCUGUGCUAUCACAGGAGAUUCUUUUGUAUGCCACUCAUACGCUACGGGUGGAUUUUAAAGUUACUUUUUUAAGAUGCUUGAAAUACAGCGUGUGAUGUUCUUCUGCAUCACCAGGGUUGUGAGCAUGAGCAAUGGGUUUUUAUAAAAUACCAUUAAACAGUCAUAGCAAAAUAAAAAGGGCAGUCCUUUUGAAGGGUGUUUUUUUGUCCUUCUCCUGCACUUUAGACUAAAAAUGGAGAAACUGGGAUGUGUGUUUAUUCCAGCCACUGUAGACACAUCACAAUGUUUAAAAUGCUCUUAAUGAUGAAUCUGAAUUGAUGCAGAAAGUGCAGCAUUCUAGUGGUUUAGAUAAGGAUGAAAAGCGUCUUGUCUGACUCCUCGGGGUGCGUCAAAGUCGAACCAAGCCAACUUCAUGGCAUUCCAGGUCUCAUCUCAUAGCCAUAACUUAACAGCUUGACACACACACACACACACACACACGUUGUUGUCGGACCAUUUCAGAGGUUUUGUUCAGAAUGUUACUUGUUUUAAAAAAUUUUGUACUGAAGCUAAAAACUAUUUUGAAGUUUGCUUUAAUACAGUCAGCAGUGAUUGGACUGUACCACAAAGACACUAUUUCAAAUGAUGUCUAUGACAGUGGAAUGGUAUUUUAUAAUGUCUUGUUUUUAGAUGAUAAGCUUUUUACACUGCAUUCAAGUGUUGGCUAUUUUUUUCUCCUACCAAAAGUACUAACGUUGAUUCUAUCUUUGCUAUGUUGGCGAGCCCUUGAAGGUUUUGUACUUCUCAAAACUUUUGUAAUUCUGAUUUAUUUCUAGCUACAUACACAAAAUGAACAAAAAAUACAAAAUCUGGAUUUAAUUGUUGAUGUAUUAUAACACGGAACAUGUAAAUAACAAUUUGCAGAUACAUGUUUUUUUGUUGUGUUGUCUUUGCCCUCACCUAUGUUGUACUCUCUUUUCUCUCUCACUCACAUGGUUGCAGUCCGCAGCCUCCUGAUCUGACUGUUGUAAUAUUACACAGAUUUCAAGGUCUAGAAUAAAAUCUAUUUUGAUAAUA